AUGUCGGCACUCAGGAAAAAAUUACAGUCUCUGAACAAGCAAUGGGUUGCCAUAGAACAAAAGUUGAAAUACAAUCUCAAAAGACAUGAGUUAGAGGUUGGUGUGCAACAACGCCAAUUAGCAGAGGCUAGCAACCAGUUGGCCCAAGCAAGUUAUCACCUCGCAAAAUCCAACAGGAAUGUAUCCAACAUAAUCAUGGUAAGCAGGUCCACCGAAAUUAUGCUUGCAGACGAAAUUGAGACUUGA